GACAUGACAGCAGCUUCGACAUGGCGAUGACCACCACGCGAAGGAGAGAAGCAAAGGACUGGCGGCCCGCAGCCCGUGAGCGGCCGAAGGGCGGGCCGCCAGACAGCUACGACUCCAGCACGGAAGCAAAGUCCGCCAGCGGCAAAGUACAAGAUGGAGCACCGAGCUCCACGGCAAGCAUCCCAGAGGAGCCGCCGCCUUGCGUGACAGGCGAGGCCGAGCAACCGACCAGCCUG